GAAAUUUCGCCUUUUUAGGGGGAGAGAGUAUUAAAAGAAUUUAAACUUAAAAAUUGUGAAGGUCAAAUCAGCCACUCAUCAUACAGUAUAGAAAAUUAAAAGAUUGUUCAUUUGAUUAAGGAGAUUUCACCUAACUGGAGUGAAAUCUGAUAAGGGCUUUCCUCAGUUCUGAGUGUGUGCAUUUCAAUCUGGAAGGAAGGAGGAGCGGGAAAAAGUCCUUUUUCUGCGAUCUGCUUUUCUGGGGGUGAGUUACUGCAAUGCAGAAAUUGCUGGAAUUGAAUAAGAUGUUUUGCAUAUGAAGUGAGGGAGGAGGAGAUGGAGCGGAGGAGCUGGCUGUGGCGGAAGAAGUCCUCCGACAAGAUUCCCAGCGGCGAAACCGAAAGCUCCGGUUCGAUUUCAUCACAUUCCGAGAGAUUCUCAGAUGAUCAGGCAAUUCCAAACCAUUCUAAUCAAUCGCCGGAAGUCACAUCCAAAACUGCAUCAAACAACGAAGAUCAUGACGAGAGUAUGAAAUCUAUAUCGGCUAAACUCUCAGAAGCUCUGCUUAAUAUUCGUGCUAAAGAAGACUUGGUGAAGCAGCAUGCAAAAGUUGCAGAGGAUGCCGUCUCAGGUUGGGAAAAGGCUGAAGCUGAAGUUUUGACACUGAAGCAACAAGUUGAAGCUGCCACCGAAAAGAACUCAGCCCUUGAAGAACGUGCCAGUCAACUUGACGGAGCACUCAAAGAGUGUCUGAGACAGCUCCGGCACUCAAGGGAAGAGCAGGAACAGAAGAUUCUAGAAGCCAUAUCUGACGCGAGCUCUCAAUGGGAGUCAAGAAAGUCCGAACUAGAGAAACAGCUCGCAGAGCUCCAGUCCGAACUGCAAGCUGCAAGAUUUGAAGCACUUGGGGCCACAGAUCUUCGCGCGCAGCUUGAGUUCAUGAUAAAAGAGAGGGAUCUAAGCACACUCGCUGCAGAAACCGCCAGCAAGCAACAUUUGGAGAGCACAAGAAAGGUGAGCAAGCUUGAAGGUGAGUGUCGCAUGCUCAAGGCUGCUCUUGCUCACAAAGCACAAUCUUUCGCGGAUACCCAAUCAGAUCAGUUUAGAAUAAAAAAGUCUCCCAGUGGAAACCGAUUGCCACGUUCGUCUUCCUCAGACAUCAAGAAUCUGAUGGAUGAUUUUCUUGAGAUGGAGAAGCUAGCGGCAUCGCAUGAGCCAGAUAAUGAAGUUGAUGAGAAGCUAGAGAAUAUAGAGGCAGAGAAAAGAAAACUGGAGAUGGAAUUAAAACAGUGCCAAUCCCAUCUCAAAACGUCAAGCAAGCAGUUAAAAGACGCAGAGACAAAGGUGAUGGAGUUGAGAGCCGAGUUAGCUUUGGUAAAUGGAACUUUUAAAGAGAACUUACAGAAAAUGGAAGUGGACAUGGCAGAGCUUCAAGCUACGUUAGAUAUGGCACGAAAAGGAAGGAAAUCUGUUGAGGCAGAACUUGAUGACACAAAACUAAAACUCAAGAAAUCAAUGGAGCGGUUAGAGGAAACAGAGGCCAAUCUGUUGGAGCUUCGUACUCAGCUGGAGAGGGAGAGUGAGAUAAGGCACGGUGUUGAGUUUGAACUAAAGGAUUGCAAUGGAAAGAGAGAGGAGUUAGAGUCUGGACUCAAAGCUGCAGAGCAUGAGGUGCAGAAUUUGCGCGCAAGAGUUUCUUCUCUUGAAGAAGAAGUGAAGAAGGAAAAGAGGUUUUCACAGGAAGCCAUUGUGAAGUUGAGGAAAAUAGAGAGUCUGCGCUUAAGACCAGCGCGAAACAUUGGAGACUGUAAAUUGAAUAAGGAAGAGGAACUGGCAGCAGCUGCUAAUAGAUUUGAGGAGUGCAGAAAGACCAUUGCUUCUAUUGGGAAGCAGUUGGAAACUCUUUCUUCCUUUGAAGAUCUCAUGAUCAACUCCUAAAAAGGACUCUGUAAUAGCCCGCCCUUCCCAAACCUUUUGGGGGCAGCCACUGUUCAUCGGAGGGCACCACCGUUUGGACGAGUAAGUUAAAAGGGGGCAACGAACCGGCAGUAGAUGGAACGCCUCAAUUUGGAAUGUGCUGAGGUAUAGUAUUCAUAUUUCAGCUAUAUAUAUGUGUGUGUGUGUGUGUGGAGCUUAUAGUAAAACUGCCCUUUCUUGGAGGAAAAUUUUUGUGUUUCAAACUUUCAAUUCAAUUUUUUUUGUUUUGUUUUUGAGACCAACCAAUGCAUUGGAACAGAACAGAAGCAAUUGUAUACUUACAUACAUAAACUUGGAUAUGCAUGCAGAGGGAUGUGUGUGUGUGUGUAAUAUAUUGGAAACAAGUUGCAUCUAAACAAGCUUAUUGGCAUUAUUUAAAAAAAAUUAAUGAAAAAAACUUUACUUGUAUUC